AUGCCUGCGUCAAAUGCCAGUGAUGAGUUUGAUGAUGAUGUCUUCAUCGUCGAUAUCGACGGCAUCCAAGCUCACGGUGUUGGAGCUGCGGAUAUUACGAAACUGAAAGCAAACGGGUUUUAUACUGUUGCUUCUGUCCAUGGAGCCACAAGAAAGACGUUGCUGAAAAUCAAGGGCUUCAGUGAAGUCAAGGUAGAGAAAAUCAAGGAGGCUAUUCAGAAAUGCCAGCCCUCAGCGUCUGGAUUCAUAACUGCAAUGGAGCUUGGCCACCAGAGAAAGCGGGUCGUAAGGAUUUCCACCGGAAGCAAACAAUUCGACUCUAUCUUGGCCGGUGGAUUUCAGAGCAUGAGUAUCAGUGAAGUCUACGGCGAGUUUCGUUGCGGCAAAACGCAACUCUCGCACACGAUGUCUGUCGUAGCCCAGCUUCCAAAGGACAUGGGGGGCGCGGAAGGUAAAGUAGCCUAUAUCGAUACCGAAGGCACAUUCCGCCCUGAAAGAAUUGCACAAAUCGCGGAGCGGUUUGGUGUUGACCCGGAUUCCGCGCUGGAAAACAUUGCGUAUGCAAGAGCACUGAAUAGCGAACACCAGCUGGAGCUUCUGAACACGCUGGCGAAAGAGUUUGCGGGUGGUGAGUACCGCUUGCUGAUCAUUGACAGCAUCAUGAACUGUUUUCGCGUCGAUUACUGUGGGCGCGGGGAACUGGCGGAUCGACAGCAAAAGUUGAACCAGUUCCUAAUGAAACUCGCGCACAUGGCGGAAGAAUUCAACGUUUGCGUUUUGAUGACAAAUCAGGUACAAAGCGAUCCUGGAGCAAGUGCCCUGUUCGCUGGUGCGGAUGGACGCAAACCAGUUGGAGGGCAUAUCCUAGCACACGCUUCAACCACUCGAGUCUUGCUUCGGAAAGGCCGAGGUGAUGAAAGAGUUGCAAAGAUUCAGGAUUCUCCAGAUUGUCCGGAGCGCGAGGCCAUUUACGUGAUCACGAAUGGAGGUAUCAAUGAUCCAGACAAGAUAUAG